UGCUUUUGCAGUAUAUCCAACACCAGGAGGCAGCUGAAAUAACUGCUGUCCUCAGAAGACUGCAUUUAAGAACAAGGAGGGCUCUACCCACUGCAGCCCAAGCAGACUCCCAUCCACCAUGGCUGCCAUCCGGCUUCGAGAAUUUAUUGACCGCCGCCCAGUGAUCCCAUCCAGUAUAUUCAUCGCUCAUCAAGGAAAGGACGUCCAAGGAUACUAUCCCGGGCAGGUGGCAAGAGUCCAUUCUGAUUCUAGUGUGAAGAGACCUCCCAGACCUCUCAUAGACUUGACAAUCCCACCCAAGAGAAAAAGUCAGUAUCAGCCUCAACUAGACCAAGAAACUCUCAUUCGAUAUAUUUGUUUCCGAAGACAUUCAAAGCCCACUGAACCAUGGUAUAAAGAAACCACCUACCAAAGAGACUAUUCUCUGCCAUUUUACAAGAUUGAUUGGGACCAGAAAUUAGCCACAGUUUCAUCAAAUCCUAGACCACUAAAUUCACUGCCAGAGUUCUACUGUUGUGAAGAGAGGCAGCUUUGGAAGAAAACCUUUUAAAUUUAAAAUAACGAUGGCAUUUGAACAAAACAUUUGGAGUUCUUAGGUGACUGCUUUAGAUUAAAAUAAUAACAGAACUACUUCUGAUUUAAGUGGGUAUCCAGAUGGCUAUAAUCCUGAAAAAUUUCAUGUUACAAAUUCUUUUCAGAAUGAGGAUGAUCAGCCUAGGGCAGGGAAUCAAGAGUCAAGUUUAAGAGAACUUGUCAUCUGUUCUCACAUCGGCCCCAACACCAGGCUCAUGGCUGGUGCUGACAAACCAUCUUACAUUUAAUCCAAUUGUUGUACGGGGGACAAGUAAGAAUAUAAUCUGCUCAAUAACUGCAUCACUCACUGUUGGAAAAAAGAAAAAGAAAAAGAAGAACCUGGGGAUGUAGCCAAGAAGGAAGACUGCCAGCACCACAGACCCUACAGAGGCUCUGGAUGUGGAAAACCAGAUAUGGCUUAGGGCUGUAGUGAGCUAUGAGACUGGUAAAAAACAAAAAGGAUUAAUUGAAAGUCUGUACACAGAGAGUUAAUACCCCUAUCCGAACAACUGGGCAUCAAUUCCCCAGGCAAAAAGCUAGAGGGUCUUUUCUAAAGAAAUGAAUGAUCCCAAAGAAAAGAUUCCUACAUUCUGACCCCUAGUAGCCCUCCAACAUACAAGUUGGUUCCCUACUCAACACCCCAAAGUGAAGCCUACCAGUUGAAAAACUUUAUAUGGAAAACUUUAUAUGGAUAGAAAGGCAAAGAAGAUUAUUGCUUUAAAAGAGACACAGAGGGGCACCUGGGUGGCUCAUUCGGUUAAG